GUUACCCCCUUCCAUUUCAUCUCCCCCCCUCUCUCUCUCCCCCUCAUUUUAUCAGUCUCUCCGCCAUCUCUCUCUCGUUUUAUCAGUCUCUCCGCCAUCUCUCUCUCUCUCAACAAUGCCCAUUUCAAACCCCCAUUUGCCAAUCCUCCUAACACUCACUCUCCUGCACCUCACUCCCCUCUACGCCCUCUUAAACCCACAAGAAACACACUCUUUACUCUCAUUCAAAUCAUCUGCUGAUACCGACAACACCAAGCUCUCUUCAUGGACCAAUCAAACCGACCCUUGCGCCACCUGGGUCGGCAUUUCCUGCCUCGAUAACCGGGUCUCUCGACUCGUUCUCGAGGACUUGCAACUCGCCGGUAAUUUCGAGCCACUCACUUCACUGAGUCAUCUCCGAGUCAUGAGUCUCAAAAGGAAUAAUUUUACAGGACGCAUUCCCGAUCUCUCUAAGCUUACUGCUUUGAAGCUCUUGUUUUUGUCACAUAAUGCUUUUUCCGGCGAGUUCCCGGUUGGUUUGGGAAGGCUUUUCCGGCUCGAUUUGUCGUUCAAUAAUCUCUCUGGUGAGAUUCCUGUGAGUGUUAACGGGCUUUCGCAUCUUCUUACUCUCCGGUUAGAAGGAAAUAGCUUUUCCGGCGACAUUUCCAGGAUAAACCUGCCGAGUCUUCAAGAAUUUAAUGUGUCCGGCAACAAGCUCGCCGGAGAAAUUCCGGGUUUUUUGGCUGGUUUUCCGGGGACAGCGUUUACUGGGAAUUUGGGUUUAUGUGGACCCCCGCUGAAGAACUGCUCAAAUGACCCGACCCGACCCGGUAUUAUACCAGGAACCCGACCCGGAUUGUCCGGGUCGGGCUCUGUACCUCCGGUGAUUGUGUCUUCUUCUCCGACGUCGUUACCAAAGAAUGAAGUUGCUCCGAUAAAAUCGGGGAAUGAUGAGCAUGGUGGGGGUAGUAAGAUAAGCCCUUUUGCUAUAGUGGCUAUUAUAAUAGCUGAUGUGAUUGUUUUAGCUGUAGUGUCACUGCUCUUGUAUUGUUAUUUUUGGACCCGGAAGAGUGGAAAUGGGGUCGGGUCGGCGCAGAUUGUAGAAGGGGAGAAAAUUGUGUAUUCAACGAGUCCAUAUCCUACUGGUCAGCACGGGUUCGAGAGAGGGAAAAUGGUGUUUUUUGAGGGGGUCAAUAGGUUUGAGCUCGAGGAUUUGUUGAGAGCUAGUGCGGAGAUGUUAGGGAAAGGAGGGUUUGGGACGGCUUAUAAGGCGGUGCUUGAUGAUGGGAAUGUGGUUGCGGUGAAGAGGUUGAAAGAGGCAGGUGGAGGUAGUGGUGGGAGGAGGGAGUUUGAGCAACAUAUGGAAGUGUUGGGGAGGUUAAGACAUGAGAAUUUGGUGAGUUUGAAGGCUUAUUAUUUUGCGCGGGAUGAGAAGUUGUUGGUUUACGAUUACAUGCCUAAUGGGAACUUGUUUUGGCUUCUACAUGGUAACAGAGGACCAGGGCGAGCGCCACUAGAUUGGAUAACAAGGCUGAAAAUUGCAGCUGGGUCAGCUCGUGGGAUACUCUUCAUCCACAACUCUUGCAAGUCCCUCAGACUCACCCACGGCAACAUCAAAUCCACCAACAUUCUCUUUGACAGCUCUGGAAAUCCUCGUGUUUCUGACUUUGGUCUAUCUCUUUUCGCAACCUCAGUUGCACCACGAUCAAAUGGCUACCGAGCACCAGAAUCACCAAAUGACAGUGGCCGAAAAUUUACCCAGAAGUCUGACGUUUACUCUUUUGGGGUACUGUUGCUGGAACUGCUCACAGGAAAGUGCCCUUCCACAGUGGUAGACGGCGGGGGGAUAGAUUUGCCACGAUGGGUGCAGUCAGUGGUUAGGGAAGAGUGGACAGCAGAGGUGUUCGACUUGGAGUUGAUGAGAUACAAAAAUAUCGAGGAAGAGAUGGUCGGGUUGCUGCAGAUUGCAAUGGCCUGUACAGCAGCCUCUCCUGAUCAACGCCCGACAAUGAGUCAGGUAGUGAAAAUGAUAGAGGAGAUUCGAGGGGUUGAGGUCUCUCCAUCUCACGAUUCCCUCUCCGAGGACUCACCAGCUGUAUCUGCCUCUGAUGAUAAUUGCGGAGGAGCUAGUCAAUGAGAGUACAGACAGAAACAGUAUUUUUUAGCUAGUUUAAUUAGCAUUUUCAUUAGAUUCCAAUGGUGCUGUAAAUGUUUUUUUUCCUUGCAAUUAAGCUACGACCGUUAGUUUCA